GGCCCCUUGGAUCCCAUCGUGGCAGUGCUGGGUGGAGACACCGUGCUGCCGUGUCGUGUGUUCCCACCCAUAAGUGCAGAAGACAUGGAGCUGAGGUGGUUCCGCUCCAAGUCUUCAGAAGCCGUGUUCAUCUAUCAAAACCGAGUCGAGCAGAAUGAGGGGCAGAUGGCUCGUUACGCAGGGCGAACCUCGCUGGUGAGCGACUUCCUUGCCCAGGGGGAGGCUGCCGUACGCAUCCAGAGGGUCCAGGUUUCAGACAAUGGGCUGUACACCUGCUUCUUCAGAAAGGGAGGCUUCUACAAAGAGGCGAGUUUGGAGCUGAAGGUGGCAGGUGUGGGCUCUGCCCCUCAGGUGCGCAUCACAGGGCCCGAGGAGGAUGGGGUCCGCGUGGUGUGCACGGCCUCAGGGUGGUUCCCGAAGCCCCAGGUGCAGUGGAGAGACCUCAGCGGAGAGAAGUUCCCGGUGUUCUCCGAGGCCCAUAGCCAGGACACUGAAGGGCUGUUCAGCGUGGAAGUGGCUCUGGUGGUGAGAGACAGCUCUGCAGGGAACGUGACCUGCUCCGUCCUCAACACUGUCCUGGGCCAGGAGAAGGCCAUGGCCAUUUUCAUCCCAGAGCCCUUCUUUCCCCAGGCCUCUCCCUGGAAGCUGGCUUUCUCAGUGAGCCUGACUGUGCUGAUGGCCCUGCUCCUUGGGGCUGGAUAUUACACCUGGAGAGAACAUUUCAGGAAGUUACUGGUAAUGCAAGAAAAGGAGAAUCUGCGCCUGGAGAAGGAGCAGGAUUGGCGGAUGAAGGAGGAGGUGCUGAAGGACACGGAUGAACUCCGGACAGAACUCGGCUGGAGGAAAUCCGCUUACCUGGCUGCCUGGAGGAAGGCCCAGCUGUAUGCAGACCGCAGGGACUCCUCCUUGGAACACAGAUCUGCCUUCAUUCCGGCCUGUCCUCUGCUGCAGGGCGCUGUCAGGGUUAGCAACGCCCUCCCCAAACACCUGGCCCAGCUGGAACUGCUCACUGGUGCAGUGACCAUGGAGAGGGUAGGGGUGUUCCUGGACCAUGAGGAAGGGGAUGUCUCCUUCUACAACAUGACUGAUGGCUCCCACAUUUUCUCCUUCCCUCGGGCUUCCUUCUUUGGGACCAUCCUUCCAUAUUUCAUGAUCAAGUCAGGAGAUGUGUCCCUGACCAUCUGUUCCAAGGAGGGAUGGGAGCAGAUUAUAAAGGCUGACUCUGAGCGCGUUUCGGGGUAG